AGGAGAAACUUUUGGACAGCUUCUUCACGAUAUAAACACAAACUUGACAGUUGGAAAAGCCCACAGCAGAUUUCCCAUAAUUUGCAAGAACAAAAGGACAGUAACCCAGACUUCAUUAUGGUGUCCACCAGAAGAACAUCAUAUCCUGAACCGGCUGAAGUCGGCGACCAGCCGGAGGGAGGGUCAGAGACCAAGAACUCGAAAACUCAUGGCAUGGUUCGCAUUAUCUUCAUCUCGUUGGUCCUGGAUCUUUUGGCUUUCACAAUGAUCCUACCACUCUUCCCAACCUUGCUUGAUUAUUAUGGACGACAUGAUGAGAGUGGAUUGUACGCAUCAUUACAUCACAGUGUAGAUCAGUUUAGGGAGGUUCUACAAAUUCCUGACACCAAAAAAUACAAUUCAGUUCUUUUUGGAGGAGUACUUGGGUCCCUCUUCUCACUUUUACAAUUUGUUACGAGUCCUGUGAUCGGAGCUGCAUCCGAUGUCUAUGGGAGGCGGUCAGUCAUGCUCGUUACCAUGGUUGGCAUUGCUUUAUCCUACGUUCUAUGGGCGAUGUCGUACAACUUUGGAAUCUUUGUGUUAGCGAGGAUUGUAGGUGGAAUCUUCAAGGGUAACGUCAGUCUAAGUACGACCAUAGUGACUGACAUCUCCACAACCAAGAACAGAGGGAAAGGCAUGGCUAUGAUUGGUCUUGCAUUCUCCGUCGGUUUCAUCGUCGGUCCCAUGAUUGGGGCUUACUUCGCCACCAAAGGAGGGCUCUUCGCCGAUGGGGCGUGGGCAGUCACACCCGCUCUGCUAGCCCUGACCCUAUCCAUAGCCGAUCUCCUCUUUGUCUUCGCCUUCCUCAAGGAAACACUCCCACAGGAAAAGAGGGCCCCAUCAAUGGGAAACAGCUUUCAAGAAAGACAGAACCUUAUCAACCCAUUCAGUCUCUUUAGAUUUUCAGCUGUCAAAAACACAAACACAAAAGAGAUGCAGAUUUUACAACAGCUUGGGCUGAGUUAUUUCCUCUAUCUCUUCUUAUUCUCUGGACUGGAGUUUACGCUUACAUUCCUGGUUCAUAUACGAUUCCAGUACACUAGUAUGCAACAGGGAAAAAUGUUUGUCUUCAUGGGGCUUAUAAUGGCUGCAUUGCAAGGUGGCUAUGUACGUAGAAUAAAACCAGGACAAGAAAAGCGAGUUGCACUAACUGGAAUGCUGAUUUUGAUACCAGCCUUUGUCAUCAUUGCCUUUUCAUCAGGGUCGUUCCUAUAUUACCUGGGACUUGCCCUGUUUUCAAUAGCAUCUGGAACUGUUGUGCCUUGUAUGACGACCAUUGUCACUAUGUAUGGCCCUGAGGACCAGAAAGGUACAAUCAUGGGCAUCUUCAGGUCACUGGGGGCGCUCUCCAGGGCCUUCGGACCAGCAGCAGCUUCUGCAGUGUACUGGGGAGCUGGAGCCGGUGUCUGCUACAUCUGGGGAGCUGUCCUCAUGGUGUUCCCCAUCUACAUACUCACAAGAGUUAUCCCUGCAAAGACACAGUGAUCUUCCCCUAGAUGUGCCACGCCCAUCUACCCCACUUUAAGAGCCACACCUUUCCUCCCAUCACUCCAAAGACCAAGUCAUCUCAGCCAAUGUGCCAUGCCCAUCUACCCCUCUACAAGAGCCACGCCCUUUCCUCCCGUCACUGCAAAAACCCAGUGAUCUCAGCCAAUGUGCCACGCCCAUCUACCCCACUACAAGAGCCACACCUUUCCUCCCAUCCCUGCAAAGACCCAGUGAUCUCAGCCAAUGUGCCAUGCCCAUCUACCCUUCUACAAGAGCCACAUCCUUUCCUCCAAUCAUAUUGUAAUGUAUCUGAUCAUGGUAUUAAGUUAGCCCUACUCGAGCUUUCAACAGACUAAAUGUGAAGUGAAGAAAAAAAAAUUGAUGUCAAUUUAUUUUGAGAAACUUGGUGAUGUAAGGAACACCUACAUGUAAUAGUCAGCUACCUUAAAGUCCAUGCAGUUGUAUCCUUUGGUGUGCAGUGUGCUUUACAAAACCUGUAGGAAACUCUAAGCUGGGUCUUAAAAACAAAUCAUAGCUGUUCUUAGAUUUGCACAAAAGCAGUCUUUUCUUAUUUAUUUAGGAAGUACAUGUGUCAGUUCUUUUCUGCAAAUUCACUCCUGUGCAAUGAAAACAGCAGAAUCGGCACUAGAGUUAUAUUUUUGUGUGUCGCAAAAAGUACUAAAUUUCAGCGCAUUGUGUGUGAAACACUG